AUGCUGCCCCUUUCCUUCCUGCUGGGCUGGGCGGCACUGUGGGCCAGCGCCAGGCUACUGCUGGGCCUUUCGCUACCUGCAGCUUCCCGUAGGCUUGCAUCCACCAGCAUCGAGAUCGAACUCGACUGGUGGAGAGCCACAGUGCGGGUGCACAGCGCCGAUGGCGGCCUGGCGGGGCGGCUGGCGGCCAGGCACCGCAGUGCGCUUCGCAAAUGGUUUGCCGUCGGCGCCGCAGCUGGCCUGCUGGCUGCAGCCUGCAGCGUGGCGCUCCUAGUCGGCGAGCUGAGAACGCUGCUGCGCGGUCUGCUGCCGGUACCGGCGGGCGCGGCAGCAGCAGGGGCGGCGGAAAGGGGUCCACGACUGCAGCUGGCGCUCCCGGGCGUGACGCUUCCCCUCAGCCACGCCGCACCACUGUGGCUGGCACUGGCGACCUCCCUGGCUGUGCACGAGGCGGGGCACGCACUGGCUGCCACCGCCGAGGGCGUGCAGGUCAGCGCCGCCGGUUUCAGCCUGGUGCUGAUGCUGCCGGCGGCAUUCGUGCAGCUGGACAGCAGCGACCUGGCGGCGCUCGGCAGGCACAGCAUGCUGCGCGUGGCCACCGCGGGCGCAUGGCACAACGCGGCGCUGGGGCUGGCCUGCUGGCCCGCGGCGCAGCUGCUGGCCCGCCUUUGGUGGGGGCCGCUGCGGCCCCUGCUCGCGCAGCUGCACCUGUUGCUGUCCUACACGCUGUCCCUCUCGGCAGCCCUGGCCCUGCUGAACAUGGCGCCGGUGCACUUCCUGGACGGCCAGCAAGCGCUGGAGGCGCUGCUGCUGCGGCCCCUCAAGCCUCAAGAGCUGCCGGAGCAGGCGGAGGCGCAGCAUGGCGGCAGCGACAGCAGCGUCGAUGGGGACAGCAUGGCACCCGCCAGUAACAGCAGCAAGGCCAGGGCUGUGCGCUGGAUCCUGCAUGCUGGGACCGGCCUGUAUGCUGCAGUGCUGAUGCUGCAUGUGCUGCGCAUGCAGUGA